CUCCGCACUGCUUACUCCCGCGCGGUGAGGUGGGCAUAGCUGCCGCUCUGUGGCUCGCUUGGUUCCCUUAGUCCGGAGCGCUCGCCCACUGCAGCUUCCUUUCCCGUGCAGACAUGGCCUCUGGCACCACCACCACCGCCGUGAAGAUUGGAAUAAUUGGUGGAACAGGCCUGGAUGAUCCAGAAAUUUUAGAAGGAAGAACUGAAAAAUAUGUGGAUACUCCAUUUGGCAAGCCAUCUGAUGCCUUAAUUUUGGGGAAGAUAAAAAAUGUUGAUUGCGUCCUCCUUGCAAGGCAUGGAAGGCAGCACACCAUCAUGCCUUCAAAGGUCAACUACCAGGCGAACAUCUGGGCUUUGAAGGAAGAGGGCUGUACCCAUGUCAUAGUGACCACAGCUUGUGGCUCCUUGAGGGAGGAGAUUCAGCCCGGUGAUAUUGUCAUCAUUGAUCAGUUCAUUGACAGGACCACUAUGAGACCUCAGUCCUUCUAUGAUGGAAGUCAUUCUUGUGCCAGAGGAGUGUGCCAUAUUCCAAUGGCUGAGCCGUUUUGCCCCAAAACGAGAGAGGUUCUUAUAGAAACUGCUAAGAAGCUAGGACUCCGGUGCCACUCAAAGGGGACAAUGGUCACAAUCGAGGGACCUCGUUUUAGCUCCCGGGCAGAAAGUUUCAUGUUCCGCACCUGGGGGGCGGAUGUUAUCAACAUGACCACGGUUCCAGAGGUGGUUCUUGCUAAGGAGGCUGGAAUUUGUUACGCAAGUAUCGCCAUGGCGACAGAUUAUGACUGCUGGAAGGAGCAUGAGGAAGCAGUUUCGGUGGACCGGGUCUUAAAGACCCUGAAAGAAAAUGCUAAUAAAGCCAAAAGCUUACUGCUCACUACCAUACCUCAGAUAGGGUCCACAGAAUGGUCAGAAACCCUCCAUAACCUGAAGAAUAUGGCCCAGUUUUCUGUUUUAUUACCAAGACAUUAAAGUAGCAUGACUGCCCAGGAGAAAAGAAGACAUUCUAAUUCCAGUCAUUUUGGGAAUUCCUGCUUAACUUGAAAAAAAUAUGGGAAAGACAUGCAGCUUUCAUGCCCUUGCCUGUCAAAGAGUAUGUUGUAAGAAAGACAAGCCAUUGUGUGUAUUAGAGACUCCUGAAUGAUUUGGACAACUUCAAAAUACAGAAGAAAAGCAAAUGACCGGUAAACAUAUGGGUAAAAAUAUUACAUUUUAAGGGGGAAAAAAAAACCGUUCUCUUCUCCCCCUAUUAAAUUUGCAACAAUAAAGGGUGGAGGGUAAUCUCUACUUUCCUAUACUGCCAAAGAAUGUGAGGAAGAAAUGGGACUCUUUGGUUAUUUAUUGAUGCGACUGUAAAUUGGUACAGUAUUUCUGGAGGGCAAUUUGGUAAAAUGCAUCAAAAGACUUAAAAAUAUGACGUACUUUGUGCUGGGAACUCUGCAUCUGGGAAUUUCUCUUUAAAACCAUAUCAGAGAUACGUACAAAGAAUUAUAUAUAAAGAAGGGUGUUUAAUAAUGAUAGUUAUAAUUAUAAAUAAUUAAAACAAUCUGAAUACCCAGCAAUUGGAGGUAAAUUAUGUCUUAGUUAUAAUUAGAUUGUGAAUGAGCCAACUGAAAAUCCUUUUUGCAUAUUUUAAUGUCCUAAAAAGACAUGAUUGCUCUAUAUAUGAAAUGAAAAAAGGAUAUGGUAGCAUUUUAUAGUACUAGUUUUGCUUUAAAAUGCUACGUAAAUAUACAAAAAAAGUAGAAAGAAAUAUAUAUAACCUUGUUAUUGUAUUUGGGGGAGGGAUACUGGGAUAAUUUUUAUUUUCUUUGAAUCUUUCUGUGUCUUCACAUUUUUCUACAAUGAAUAUAAUCAUAGUAAAGUUGUAAAGUUGUUGUAAAAAUAAAAAUGGAUUUAGAAAGAUCCAGUUCUUUAAAACACUGUUUCUGGUAAUGAAGCAGAAUUUAAGUUGGUAAUAUUAAGGUGAAUGUCAUUUAAGGGAGUUAAAUCUUUAUUCUGCUAAAGAAGAGGAUCAUUGAUUUCUCUAGAGUCAGAACAGCACUUGGGUUUGCAACAGCUUUCUGAGAAAAGCUAGGUGUUUAAUAGUUUAACUGAAAGUUAAACUAUUUAAAAGACUAAAUGCACAUUUUAUGGUGUCUGAUAUUUUAAAAAGUAAUGUUUGAUUCUCCUUUUUAUGAGUUAAAUUAUUUUAUACGAGUUGGUGAUUUUUGCUUUUUAAUAAAGUGGAAGCUUGCUUUUUUAACUCUUUUUUUAAUUGUUAAUUGUAUAGAAAUGCUUUUUGUUGGCCGGGCACGGUGGCUCACCCCUGGCCGAGACGGGCAGAUCACAAGGUCAGGAGAUCAAGACCAUCCUGGCUAAUGCGUUGAAACCCAGUCUCUACUAAAAAUAUAAAAAAUUAGCCGGGCGUGGUAGUGGGCACCUGUAGUCCCAGCUACUUGGGAGGCUGAGGCAGGAGAAUGGUGUGAACCUGGGAGGCGGAGCUUGCAGUGAGCAGAACUUGCAGUGAGCUGAGCUUGCGCCACUGCACUCCAGCCUGGGCAACAGAGCAAGACUCCGUCUCAAAAAAAAAAAAAGAGAGAGAGAAAUGCUUUUUGUUUUCUUCAGUUUUUUAUCAUGGGGAGAUCUUUUUCCUAAGAAUUAUUUUCUUUUCACUGUAGGCUAUUACAGGAUACUUUAGGAUCAAGAUACAGAACCUUUUAUUUAAAGAGUUUGUAAAGUCAAUGUGUUUGUUUGUGUCUCUGAGAUUGACUUCAAGAUAAUAAGCUGCUAAUUGUAAACAAAACAGUUACCCUCCAGUAUUAAUAUGACUCAUUAGUGUGAGCCAUUUGGGUCAAGUAUGAUUAUGACCCUUGGAUUCCCUGAUGUAGUAUUAAAUUUCAACUCUGGUUAUCCAUUAGCAAUCCGUAGAGAACUUAAUGAACCUGAACCCAGGCUUCUCUAGCUCUGUAACCUGUGAUUGUUUUCACUACAAUAUGAUACAUAGAUGGUACCUUACUUUUCCUCAUUCUUAGUAGGUGUCUAAGAAUGUCAGGGCAAAAAUAUGGGCAUUUUUCUUGCUAUAUUCGGAAAGUACGGUUCUCUCCAACUUGCAGAGGUACUUUUCUUGAUUAAAUAGCCUUCUCUAGCAACAUCGUUUUCAGACUAACCAAAUGAAUGCAGUAUACUCUUUUCUUUGUUCCCAAUCAUUCACUCCUUAUGCAAAGCCAAUAUAAUUUUCCUCAUACCUUAUGCUUGACGAUAUUGUUGAAGAGCACUUCCUGGAACACUUCUCACUUGUGAUGAUGUACUAAUUUUUUUUUUUUUUAAUUUAAGCUAGUAUAUUAAGUGAACACCACGGUCAGUUGUGAGCAUUUUGGUUUCCCCAAAGGAUGGAUGAUGAGCAUCAUGGGAAAGCUGUAGUUUAGUGACUUAGCCCUUAGUGAUUAAUAGAUUUACAUGUACGUAGAAGUCUUUGUUGGCAUUAUAAUCUGCUGUUGUGUUUGGCAUCGAUUUUCAUGGUUUUGAGAAUGACAUCCUGGCCCUGUGGUUCCCGAGGGUCAUGGUCCUUGUGACCUGGCCCCUGUUCACUGCCCCCUUCGCAAGCACGAGUCGCUGUGCAGGGCUGGAGGUAGCUACCAUGGCUUGUUUCAAGGAAGGAAUCUCCAGGACAGUGGCACCCUCAGGAACGGAGGACGGUGAACUUCCCUGAAGAGGGAGUGACUAAGGUGACCUCCAACCUGCCCUGAGCCAGCCGCCCUGCAGGUGCCACGUGAGCCUGCUCUGGCAUCCACAGGAUGCUCCUGGAGCCUCUUCUCUGGCUGCUACCUCAGGGGCAUGGUUGUGGCCACACCAACACCUGUUUUCCAAAUAAUUACUCAUUCUUGUGACAGUGGCCUGAACAUGUUUUUAAUUUUCUCAGCAAGCAUUUAGCCAGCACUUACCCUGUGAAACAAUUUAAUAAGGUUUCAAGGAGUAUCUGCUGGUUUAGGAAGUCAUGAAAUGAGGAGUUCUUGCCACAUUUGCAGAGUCCCUCCUUGAUAUGGUUUGGCAGUGUCCCCACCCAAAUCUCAUCUUGAAUUGUAGUUCCCAUAAUCCCCACAUGUUGUGGGAGGGACCCAGUGGGAGGUAAUUGAAUCAUGGGGGUGGUUACCCCCAUGCUGCAGUUCUCAUGAUAAUGAGUUCUCACAAGGCCUGUUGGUUUUAUAAGGGGCUUUUCCCCCUUUUGCUCAGCACUUCUUCCUGCCAUCAUGUGAAGAAUGACGUGUUUGUUUCCCCUUCUGCCAUGAUGGUAAGUUUCCUGAGGCCUUCCCAACUAUGUGGAACUGUGAGUUAAUUAAACCUCUUUCCUUUAUAAGUUACCCAGUCUUGGGCAUUCCUUUACAGCAGCAUGAGAACGGACUAAUACACUCCUCAAAUGUUUUGAAGAUUGUUGCACCUUGGAACUACCAGUGUGCACAGAAUCUGGCUCAAUGUAUAUGUAUUGGCCUAGCAAGGCAAAGAACUGAAGUUCCAAGAUGGAAGAACCUGUGUUCUCCUCAUAAUAGUAUAGAAUAAUUCAAGAUAGGCAAGAAGGACAGCAGUAAAUGAAGACCAUGGAAGAAAAGAAGGAAUGCCUAAGAUCGAGGAAAUCUACCAAGACUAGUAGAGUAGUCCAGAGAAAGCCAUUUCAGGGCCUGUUGCCAGUAUGCCUUUGAGAACCUCGGGAUCCUGAAGAAUGAGGGGAAUUUCUUCAGAAAGACAAUCUCAGCAUGCAUUAUUUCUUUGUUUUGGAGAUUCACUCAUGUUGUUGCAUGCAUCUGUAGCUUGUGCCCUUUUUAUUGCCUAGUAGUAUUCUGUCAUAUGCCUAUGUUACAAUUUGAUUAUCUAUUCACCUGUUGAUGAAUGUUUGAAUUUUUUGCAUUUGAAGAAUUUUAUGAAUAAAGCUGCUAUAAGCAUGAAA